UUGGUAAUUAAAAUUAUGAUGAUUAUGUUAUCAACAACCUCAACCGUCAUAGUAAUAGCUUCGUCACAAGCCUUAGCCGGCUGUGACGAAUGGUGUGGAGACUUGCAAAUUCCAUAUCCAUUCGGAGUAAAAGAAGGGUGCUAUCUCAACAAAACCUUCUUAAUUACGUGCAACAAAACCAAUGGCCCUCCAAAAGCGUUUCUAAUGAACACCAAUAUUAGUGUUACUAAUAUAUCACUCCACGGUGAGCUCCACAUAUUGCAGCCCAUAGUGCGAGAUUGCUACAACCAAGUGCAAGAAAAUGGUCCUUUUGUCCCUAACACAACCAAUCUUUUGGCACCGGCGAUGUUCCCAAUUGCUGAUGGCAAAAACAAGUUCAUAGCCAUUGGUUGCGAUACUUAUGGUUUAAUUGGUGGGGUGUUAAAUGGGAGUGGCUAUGUAAGUGGGUGUAUUUCCAUGUGUUUAAAUGAGAGUACGAUUGGUAAUGAUUCGUGUUUUGGUAAUGGGUGUUGUCAAAUGGAGAUUCCUAAUGGGUUGAGGAAUUUGACUUUGUUAGUGGGGAGUUUUUUUAAUCAUACUUUGGUGAAGAAUUUUAAUCCUUGUGGGUAUGCUUUUGUGGUUGGAGAUGAGGGGUUUGAGUUUGAGUCAAGGUAUAUUAGAAGUUUUGAAGAUGUGAAGGUUGAGGUUGUGGUUGGUUGGGCUAUUGGAAAUGACAGUAAUUAUGUGUGUGGAUUAAACAGUGAAAGGAAUAGCAGUUUCUCUCAUGAUAGAGCUGAAUUUCGUUGCCAAUGCUUGGAUGGUUUUGAAGGGAAUCCAUAUCUUCCUCAAGGUUGUCAAGAUAUAGAUGAAUGCAAGGAUGAAACACUGAAUCAUUGUAAGUACAAGAACAAGUGUGUUAACACAAUAGGAAACUAUACGUGCAAUUGUCCUACAAACUACAAAGGAGAUGCAAGAUAUGGAGGAGAAGGUUGCACUCGAGAUUCCAAGGCUUUCAUUCCCAUAAUAAUCGGAAUUGGAGUAGGGUUCACAGUUUUUCUAAUUGGUAGCACAUGGAUAUUCUUGGGUUAUAAAAAGUGGAAGUUCAUCAAAAGGAAAGAGAAAUUUUUCAUAGAAAAUGGAGGCUUCAUACUUCAACAACAACUUUCUCAAUGGCAAUCCCCCAAUGAAAUGGUUAGAAUUUUCACCCAAGAAGAGUUGGAGAAGGCCACAAAUAACUAUGACAAUAGCACUAUUGUUGGUAAAGGUGGGUACGGUACCGUUUACAAAGGAGUCUUAGAAGAUGGCUUGGUAGUGGCAAUCAAGAAAUCAAAAAUUGUAGACCAAUCUCAAACUGACCAAUUCAUUAACGAAGUCAUUGUUUUGUCUCAAAUCAACCAUCGCAAUGUUGUUAGGCUCUUGGGGUGUUGUUUAGAGACACAAGUUCCGUUGUUGGUGUACGAGUUCGUAACCAAUGGCACCCUCUUUGAACACAUCCAUGACAAAACCAAGCAUGCUUCUCUUUCAUGGGAAGCUCGUUUGAAAAUAGCUUUGGAGACUGCAGGUGUGCUUUCGUAUUUGCAUUCAUCAGCUUCGAUUCCAAUUAUUCAUAGAGAUAUCAAGACGACCAACAUACUCCUAGACGAUAAUUACACCGCGAAAGUGUCUGAUUUCGGGGCAUCAAAGUUGGUUCCAAUGGAUCAAACACAGCUAUCCACGAUGGUGCAAGGGACUCUAGGGUAUUUAGACCCUGAGUACUUGUUGACGAGUGAGUUGACAGAAAAGAGUGACGUGUAUAGCUUUGGAAUAGUGUUGUUAGAGCUUAUAACUGGGAAGAAGGCGGUGUGUUUUGAUGGACCAGAAGCGGAGAGGAAUCUAGCGAUGUAUGUGCUUUGUGCAAUGAAGGAUGGUCGGUUGGAAGAAGUUGUAGAAAGGGGAAUGAUGGCGAAAGAGAUAAAUUUUGAGGAAAUAAAAGAAGCGGCUCAGGUAGCAAAGAAAUGCUUAAGAAUUAAAGGGGAGGAGCGACCCAGCAUGAAGGAAGUGGCUAUGGAGUUGGAGGGAGUGCGAUUGAAGCAAGUUCAGCAUUCAUGGGUGAAUAACAACAAUUUGUCCAACGAAGAGGAAAUGGUAUGUUUAUUGGAUGUUGAAGCUUCAGACUCCGGCCAUUUUAUUGUUAGUGGCACUAUGAAUACUACCGUCGGGGAUAGCAUAAAAGCUUCAAUUUUGUCACACAUCCACCAUGGAAGAUGA